AUGGCCAAUGCUGACGACGCCCGGAUCGCCGCUCUCCGAGAGUUCACCGCCUGUGACAUAUCAGAUGCACUUGUGAAGCUCAAGGUCCCUGGAGCUGGCUUCCUGCCCGACCUGCAACUUUUGGGCCGACCAAGCGCCGCUGAUGCUCCCGUCAUCAUAGCACCAGCGUCGACGAUCCUGUUUGCUCGGAAGGGGGAGAUGCUGGAUUCGCCCCAGGCCAACAUUCCCAAAGACACCCAUUGGGCUGACAUGACCCAGUCUGGCACCGUCGUCAUCAUCAGACAGCCUGAUGGACAGAAGAAUGCCGUCUGCGGGGGCAUCAUGGCCGUCAGGAUGAAAGUUCGCCAAGCGAAGGCGGUGGUCGUCGUGGGCCGUGCCAGGGACCUGGGCGAACUCGCCAGUACGGGCAUACCCAUAUGGACCAGAGGAUUCUCCACCGUUGGCGCAGGUGCAGAGAGUACACCUUGGGCGGUGCAAGUUCCUAUCAACGUGGACGGCACGGUCAUCAACCCCGGCGAUCUUGUCUUCGCCGACCCGGCCAACGGCGUUGUCGCCAUCCCCAAGGAUAAGAUCGACCAGGUCUUGGAGCUCCUCCCCAAGCUGACGGCCGCUGACGACAAGGUUAAGGAGGACGUGCUCAGGGGUGUGAGUGUCCACGACGCCUUCAAGAACCAUCGGAACAACCUCUGA